AUGACUUGGCCUGCAGCCCAACAGUUCUGCAGAGAGAACUAUGAUGACCUGGCCACAUUCACCAACAUGGACGACAUCCGCAGAGUCACCAGACCCUCUGACUACAUCUACGCCUGGAUCGGACUGAUCGAUGACCUCACUUCAUGGUCACGAGUCAUGAGUGCUAAGUCAAACUCUUGGAGGCGGUCAUCCACUGACAGCACCAGUCCUGGAGGGUUCCAGGCCCCGUGGGAAAAGGGGGAGCCAAACUUCCACAUGGCAGCAGAGACAUGUCUGAUGAUGAGGAAUGGACUGUGGCUUGAUGCCAACUGUCAGUCCAAUAACGUCAACUUUGCUGUCUGUGUCAACGGAUCAAAAGACUUCAUUUUGGUGCAGUCAUAUCACACUUGGAGCGGAGCCCGGGACUUCUGCAGAAAGCGCUAUGUGGACCUUGCUGUCAUUGAAGAUGCAUCACAAUUGACUCGAGUGAUAAACCUGAUUGCUCACCACUGGGUGUGGAUCGGCUUCUACAGACAACCCUUCCUCUGGUCUGACAACCGGAUCACUCACUUCACAAACUGGAUCAAUGGAGAACCAGACAACAAACAGAAUAGAGAGCACUGCACUGUGGAAAGUUCUCUUCCAGAACAUCCCUGGUUGGAUGCAACAUGUGAAUCUAUUCAAAACGUGAUCUGUCAAAGAGGUAAGUUGUGUGCUUAG